AUGUACAAAUCCGUCUCUCGCCAAGCCCUGCUUUACAGCUUUCUGUUGAAGCCUAUCUUGGCUCUACCGCAGACCAGGGACUCUAACGAAACCACCUUUAAUUGGGCUUCGAUCCAGCCUUCAUCCGACCUUCAAUACAACGACUGCUACAACGGCUACAAAUGUGCUCGUCUUGAGGUCCCCCUUGACUGGCAAGCGGCCGACCAGGGCAAUGGCACCUCGCUCAAAGCCGCCAUUGCCAUUGUGACCCUUCCAGCCACCGUGCGGGAAGAUGAUCCCAGCUUUGGCGGCACUAUCCUUGUCAACCCCGGCGGCCCAGGAGGGUCCGGCACCGAAUUCGUUCUUUCCGAGGGAGCAUAUCUUCAGCGUGUUGUCGACGAGGACAAGCACUAUAAUAUCCUCGGGUUCGACCCUCGUGGUGUUGGUUUGAGCACGCCGUCGGCUGAUUGCUACAGAAACGACUUUGCCAGGGCUUCUGACGCAAUUCAGCAGGGUGGGCUGUCACCAGCAGAUCCCGACACCUUCGGCCUCAAAAUGUUCUAUGAAACCGCAAAGGGGGUUUCAAACUUAUGUGCUGAGCUUGGACCGGACAGUAUAUUCCCUUAUAUGGCUACCGCUUCCGUCGCUCGAGACAUGCUGGAGAUUGUCGACCGCGUGGAUGAACUUGAGAAGAAAACUUUCAAGUGUCGUCGAUCCCAGAACACAGACGAACUUCCAAAGCUGCAAUACCUUGGGUUCUCGUAUGGUUCGUUCUUGGGAAAUAGCUUCGCUAGUCUUUUCCCAGGGCGAGUUGGUCGUAUGGUUAUUGAUGGUAUCGUCGAUGCGGAUGAUUAUAUCCAGACACAUAUGGGCAAAGCCCUCCUCGAUGCCGAAAGGGUUCUCGACACCUUUUACGAGACUUGCUACGACGCCGGAUCAAGCUGUCUCCUUAAGGGGGACACAGACAAGAGUGCGAAGGAUAUCCGAACCAAGGUAGACCUCCUGUUGAAAAGUCUCGAUGAUGACCCUGUUUCGGUCGUGUAUCAGGGCCGCGUUCGGCACAUCACGUCUCAUACCGUCCGCGACGUGCUUCGACAGAUGUUGUACCAACCCAUCGUGAUGUAUGAACCUGCGUCUCAACUUCUAGCGCUGGCUCUGACAGGCAACUUCACUGGUUUCAUGCAAACCCCGGCCUCCUUGGCCAACUCCAUCGAGCCCGCCGAGAUGUGUGUUAACCCUGGCGCGAGCUACCCACCAUCCGACCUCGCUCUCAACAACGAAGCCGGCUCCGGUGUUUUCUGCAGCGACACUUACAUCGACCCGGAUUUGCGCAACGCCACCUGGGCGAACAAUAUUGCCAAAGCAAUCGUCGGCCAUUCCCCCACACUCGCCGAAUCCUGGACUCGCGUAAUCGCGGCGUGCUCUGGGUGGAAGUACGACGCCAAGUACGCCUUCAGAGGCCCAUUCGGCGCACCUGGGCCGGACAAGACCGGGAAGAACAAAGACACGCCGUCCGCGCCUCUCCUGAUCCUUUCCAACAGAUAUGAUCACGCGACCCCACUGUCCAGCGCAUAUGUGACUUCUCAGCAGCAUGGUGACUCGGCCGUGAUUGUUCAAGAGGCAUCCGGUCACUGUGCGUUGCUUGUUUCAAGCAGCAAGUGUGUAAAGGAUCAUGUCGCCACCUACUUUGCGACUGGAGUCGUCCCUGCGAACAAUACUAUUUGUGAGCCGGACUGCAAGCCUGGUAUUCCAUACAAGGAGUGCCCAGGCUUUGUGAGCUCAUAA